UCUAGAAGGAAAAUAGUUAAACUGGCAACACUGAUUGCGCCUUGGAUUCGGCCAUCCAUUUUAAUUAACUUGCUGGCAAUCUUGUUGUACAUAUUUCUGCAUUUUACAAAGGAAGAAAAUAGGAAAGACUGAGGCGCUUAUUUUAUAUAUUUAAUUACUGCUGCAAACAGUUAAAAUUUGCAUAUUUUCGGAUUUUAAUUGGAUUUACCGCAUAGUCCUGCGAUUCUGCUGCCAAAGCUCUCCAGCAAACCAAGUGCCCUAUCCGUUUUCACAGCGAUCAGCAAGCCCAUAUACACCUUUAAAUAAGCGAGGAAUACAUACUUGACAAUCGUUUCGACACAAAUAUAAAAAUUACAGGGUUUUCAACAGUUGCAGAAAAAUGGGCAAAUGGAGCGUAAAGGAUAUGAUCAAAAUAAUCGAGUUGUUUAAGUCGCAUCCGUCUCUGUGGGAUCUGCAUUCACAUGAGUAUAGGAUGAAGAGAAAAAAACAAAAGGAUAUUCGUUUCAUAGCGAACUCUAUGGGUGUAGAAAAAUCUAUCAUAGAUAAAAAGUGGAAAAGUCUUCGCACCAUUUAUAAAUCUGAGCUGAAUAAAAUUGAGGCAAGCAAGAGGACAGGCAAAGAGUAUGUUUCACCAUGGCGAUAUUUUGGCUAUAUGAGUUUUUUAUAUCAAAAACGUAACCAUAGUCAAGUAACAAUCAAGGAAUCAAUGAGCCCACUUAAAAUGGAAUGCGACGAGUCAGAUCAUAAUGAAACUAUUGUCGAUACAAAUCACAAAAGUGUGGGCGGACAUGAGGAAAGCAACCAAUCGUCAGGAGAUGGUAAGAAAAGUGAGGUGGAAAAUAAUAAGUGGAGCGAAGAGAGAAUUGUUGAACUUAUUCACUAUUUCGAAGCUCAUCCGUUGCUGUGGAAUCCAAAUGAUGAAGAGUUUAAGAUAAAUUAUAAAAAAGAUGAAGCUCUUUCACAGAUAUCCAAAUUGAUGGGAAUACCAAAAGAGGAUAUUAAAAAGAAAUGGAGGAUUCUACGUACCCAAUUCAAAUCAGAACUGAAUAAAAUGCGAAAAAGUAAAAGUAUAGAUGAUUUGUAUGUCUCGGACUGGCGCUACUUAAGACCACUGAAGUUCCUGUAUGAUAGCUGCAAUGCGGAAGAAAGCAAAGAAUAUUGCUAUAUUUUCGAUCAGGGUAACGACUCUGAAGACGAUGAGAAUACACAUCUGACCUUGUCGAAUUGUGAGCUAGAGAAAACCAGGCUUGAAGAAUUCCCUAUUUCGACCGAAGUAAAACAGGAAUGGAGCCCCCAAGCUAUUUAUCAACUAAUUCAACAAUACAAAGAACAUCCAUCUUUGUGGGACAAGUCUACAAAAGAUUCCAGACUCAAGAGCAUAAGAGAAAAAGAUAUUUGCCAAGUGGCUGAAAACAUGGGUAUGGAGAAGGGUGAUAUAGAAAGAAAGUGGAAGAGCCUACGAACGCAAUGUUCUGCCGAGUUGAGAAAAAUUAAGGAGAGUCACGCAAGCGGCAGCAACCGAGUUUACUUUUCAAAUUGGCGUUUUUUAAAAGCUAUGAAGUUUGUAUACGAUACCUGCCAGGAAAACGAAACAUGUAGCAAUGAAAUUUCUUCGUUCCCCUGUGAAAGUGAUGAUUCCUUGAUGGAAAUUACUGUUGUGCAAACCUCGCAAGACGAAGAAUAUGAAGAUGCAAAAGAAUGUGAAAAUUCUUAUGGCGGAGAAGAUGAAAAUCAAAAUCCUAAAAGAAAGCAUGAAACUGUCAGGGAGGAAAACGAUUCAACAGUGACUAAACUGAGAAAAGUGGAGCAAUCCUUCGAAAAUAACGAAUGCGAUAUAUUUUGCUCGCUGAUGGCGACUAAACUUCGCAAACUAAAUAGCAAUCUUAGGGAUGAAGCUAUGAGAAAACUUAUGCGGGUCAUGUGGGAUUUCGAGGAUGCUCAAAAACAAUCUUCUAGAAUACCAAAAAACAUUCAGCCUCAUUGCGAGAGUCUUGUCUAAUGCAAGACGUUUUUCGAGAGAUGGAAACGGAAAAAUCUUGGCAGCACUGCAUAGUUUUCGACGAUUUUCGUCGUUUACUU